AUGAACAAUAAUGCUGACGAAUUAUUUAUUCCGGUCAAUAGUAAAAGUUUACGUGAUCGAGAUAUAGUAGCGAAAUUAUUGCCAAUGAAUUAUGAUGAAUAUUAUCUUCAUCAAGAUUAUGAUUUUGGUUUAUUUGGCGAUGUUAUAUUUAUAGCAAAGGAUUAUGGAGAUAUAGCACGGCCAGUUGUAAAAACUGAACUUGAACGUAUCUAUAAUCUUGCACAACACGUUAAUGUCACAUAUAAUAAUCAAACAUAUUUUUAUAAAGAUCUUUGUGCAAAACGUAUUAAUACAUGUGUCACUGAAGGAGACGUAUUUUUUCGUGAGAACUUUUGGAAACGUUUAAACGAUACAGAAUUACAUAAAUAUAUGGUUAAUGAUCUUUACACGGAUGAUGAUGGCGUACCAAAUUUACUAACAUUCAUAUUUGGAAAGAAUUUAAAAAUCGAUUUAGACAAAGGAACAUUGUAUGCUAAAACACUGAAGUUACGUUUUAAUUUACGGCGAACAGUAAUGAAAAAUAAUAAAAAUGAAAAUAUUGAAAUUAUUAGUCGCAUGUGGGAACAAGCAUUUUUAAAAUUUUUUCAACAUUUUGAAUCGAUUAUGAUCGAUGUGUCUUAUUCAGUAUCAACAUCGAUUGAUCAAGAACUUGAAAAUAAUGUUAAUUUAGAUAUGUUCUUAGUAGUUAUAACAUUCGUAGUAAUGAUUAUUGUUGCUACGAUUUGUCUAUCAUUACGUGGUCCAAUGUCACAAUCACCAGCGUAUUUAUCCGCGAUUGGUGUUCUAGCAACAAUGUUGGGAUUAGUUUCUGGUUUUGGAUUUUGUUCACUUAUUGGUAUACCUAUGUGUUCAUUAGUAUUUGCUACACCGUUUCUUAUCAUUGGUGUUGGUACUGAUGAUAUGUUUCUUAUUUUUUCGGCUUAUCAUCGAACAAAAUCAUCUGAAACAACUUCUCAAAGAUUAGCAGAUACAUUUCGUAUUUGUGGAUCUGGUAUAACAAUUACAUCUUUGACAAAUAUCAUUGCCUUUCUAGUUGGAGCAAUUACUGAUUUCUAUGGUAUACGUCUUUUCUGUUUUUAUACAAGUGCUUCAAUAGUUUUUUGUUAUUUCUAUCAAAUCCUAUUGUUUGGCAGCGCUGUUGCAAUCUAUAAUGAAUGUAUUAGUAAUAAUCGACAUACACUUAUUUCUUGUAUUGUCGAUCAUGCACAAUCACCAAAUACUACAAGGCGUCGACAUCGUCAUCGAAAACAAUGCUUACCAUGGAAAGAAAUGUUCGUCUAUGUGAUUACACCAUUAUUUACAACUUGCGGUCAAGUGAUUGUUUGCAUAGUGUUUUUAAUUUUUACAAUUUCUGCUUUCUAUGGAGCCUUACAAAUGAGAGAUGGAAUGAAAUUGGGACAACUGUUAAGCGAUAAAUCAUAUGCGAAUCAUUAUUUUGAUAAAUUAGAUAAAGAAUUUGAACCUUAUCCAUUAGUACAUUUUAUUAUAACAGAACCAAUACCCUAUUGGAGAAAUGAUUAUAUGAAACGAAUUCGAAAUCUAGUGAAAGCUGCUAAAGAAUUAAAAGGUAUGAAUCAUAAAGUUGAAAUCUCUUGGUUUUCAUUAUUGGCUUAUGAUCCACAAGAUCAUCCAUUUGAUAAUGGUACAGAGUUUAUCGGAAUACUCCAGGGUUUUGUUAAUUUAUUUCCAACAUUUGAUAAUGAUUUAUUACUUAACAGUACUCAUCUAUUAGCUAGUCGAUUUUAUUUACAAUUUGGGCGUGUAUUUUAUAAUUCUUCUGAUGGCUAUUUAGUCAAUCAAUUACGUUCACUUGCUGAACAAUCAAAAUUGCCUAUCAAAGUGUAUAGUAAUCUUUUCAAAUACUACGAACAAAUGUAUGAAGUCAUUCCGAACAUCAUUCAAACAUUUCUCAUCGCCAUCGAAGCCAUGUACAUAGCAACAUUAAUAAUAAUUCCAGAUCUUCAAUCAGUUAUUAUUAUUAUUUCAACAAUGUUAAUGAUCUUAGUUAGUCUUGUUGCUACUUUGCACGCAUGGGGUAUACAAGUGUCAUCGGUUAUGAUGGUUGAAAUGGUGAUGUCGAUCGGGUUUUGUUCAGAUUUUUGUGUACAUAUUGUACAUGCAUUUUUGACAGCAACUGGCACAAGAAAAGAACGUGCACAACAAGCAUUAAUUAACAUGGGAAUGCCGAUAUUGUGCGCAAGUUUAUCAUCGAUAAUUGGUGUUCUAUUUUUAGGUCUUGCACAAUCCUAUUUAUUUCGAACAUUUUUCAAAACAAUGGUUUCUAUAAUGAUAUUAGGAGCUGUACAUGCACUUUGUUUCUUACCAGUCAUUCUUUCAUUAAUUGGUUCUCAUUGGCCGUCACAUGAAAUAGAUAAAUUACAACAAAAUAGUUCUAUUCAAAUGGCAACAUCUACAAAUAAAGAUGUUCAAAUCAAUGGACAUAAUAUUGAAGAAAAUAAAACAAAAAAAGGAAAACUACAAAGAGCUCCGGAUACAAUUGAAGAAGAAGAAACUGAUGAUUUUAUACCAACAGCAAAAUUGAUGGAAACAGUCACCAGUAAUUUAAAAAAUUAA